AUGACGUCGCCCACCUACUUCAACCAGCGACUAUUCUCAUAUGAUACGAUAUUUGAUACGAUAACUCUAGUACGGUCAGACAUGUGUGGACGUUAUGCUUUAGGUGUGCGCAUGGCGUACAUGCGCCAGCAGCUCGAGGACAGAGGAAUGCCAGUAGACGAAGCACCAGAAGAUGACGAAGUUAGAGAAACCUUCAACUUUGCACCCGGGAACUUUGGUGCGAUUUACCGAGCUGAUGUCCCCGAAAAAGAACAUGAAGCUAGUGAGAAGGGAGAGCAUGAGGCACAGGAAGCAGCUAAAGGCCAGACAAAAUACAAGCUCCAAAGCAUGAAAUGGGGUCUCAUCCCCUUCUGGACUAAGCGACAACCGGAUUAUGGAUCUCUCAUGCGGACAAUUAAUUGUCGUGAUGACUCGCUCAUUGAAGAUCGUGGCAUGUGGACAACCAUGAAGCGUCGCAAGAGAUGCGUUAUACUUUGCCAAGGAUUCUACGAGUGGUUGAAGAAGGGACCAGGAGGCAAAGACAGAAUUCCACACUUUGUGAAGCGCAAAGAUGGAGACUUGAUGUGCUUUGCAGGAUUAUGGGACUGCGUGUCGUAUGAAGGGUCCGACGAGAAGCUCUACACCUUUACCGUUAUAACAACAUCAUCAAACUCCUACUUGAAGUUUUUGCAUGAUCGUAUGCCUGUAAUUCUGGAUGCUGGAUCCGCAGCUAUGAAGACAUGGCUUGACCCAAGUCGGAAAACGUGGUCAAAAGAGCUACAAUCGCUCCUGAAGCCGUACGAGGGCGAGCUGGAGUGUUACCAGGUCCCAAAAGAAGUCGGGAAGGUUGGGAAUAACUCUCCUGACUUUAUUAUUCCGGUAGACAGCAAGGAUAACAAGAGCAACAUUGCCAACUUCUUUAAUGCCCAGAAGAAAGAGGAAAAGACUCUGUCUACUGAACUUGCCUCGAAGGAAUCAGCGUCACCGAGAAAGGAUAUCAAAACUGAACAAGAUCAAGAAAAGAAACCUACAGCACUGGGCAUUAAGCGAGAGCAUACACCCGAGUCGACCUACAGUGACAUCAAGAAAGCCAAGCUUCAGGGCACAGUAACGCCGCAGAAAAUGAAGACACGAAGUGCUACCUCCAACAUCUCCAACAAGAAACCCGCAACGAAAGCGACUGAUGGAUCUCAACGAAUCACCAACUUUUUCAAAUAA